AUGAAAAAACUAAAGAAGAUCGUAUCAGAGGAUAACCUAACCAUCUCCAGACCCAGUACACAAUAUUCAACCGUAGAAAGACAAUACACAGAACCAAUCCCAGUUGAUGUCCUUAUCGAUAUAUUCUUGAGAGUCCCAUCAAAGUCUAUAGCUAGGUUUUGCUGCGUAUCGAAAUUAUGGGCUAACAUACUUGGCCGUCCAUAUUUCACUGAACUGUUUCUGACGAAGUCUUUAAAUCAUCCACGGGUCUUGAACACAGAUGCAAAGUACUCUUCUCUUGUAGCCACCCGUUAUCGAACUAAUUCAUUCAAAUCCAUCAGCUCAGCGGUCCACGGAAUGAGCUUGCUUUCCAUGCCGAGUUUGAACAAGCAAGCCGCUUACAGAUACAAUGCGGUUGGCCAUUCUGGAGACACAAGUCACACAACCCGUGUGCUGGCAAUGCAUCCGUUAGAGCCUCUUGUGCGUUUUCGUUCAUCAGAUAUGAUAAGCAACGCCGUUUCUUCGUUGCGCUUCAUCGAUAAAUCAAAACCCAUCACGAGGUCGGAGCCGCCGGCGAGGAAAUUCUGA